AAUACACAGUUAAUAUAAUUUAUCUUAUUGCAUGUACCUAACUAUAACCAUGGCUAAAUUGUUGAUCAUUUGUAUUUUUAAUUUACUUUUAAUUGUUAAUUCAUUACAUCUAUUUUCGAAAACCAUAAAAGAUGUACCAAAUUUAGUGUUUCCAAUAAAAAAUCCGCUUCAAAAUAACUUAAUAACUAUACACCGUGGUAAUUCAAAUCAAAGAGGUCAAUAUGGAUCAAUUGGAAAUAGUAACUAUGAGGAUGUACCGGUGUCUAACACAAAUAGAGUAGUGAAUACUAAUAGAAAUAAUAAUCGAAACCAUGGUGAAAGAACUACUGAGAAAAUUGAUGACGAAGAGUUUGUUUCACAAUCAACAACGACUAUUGGUUCAAUGCAAUCAAAACAACAACGUGAAGAAAAUAUUGAUCAUAUUGAUAAUAUUGAAGACAAAAUAUUUGAUUUUGGUGAAGACCUUAAACAAGUAGAUCUUCCAGAAACAACAACUCCAGGGGACACUAGAAGUAUAUUUAAAGUACCAAAUAGAUGUGGUGAAGAUCAAGAACUUGUAAAGGGUAAAUGCCGCACCCAUACGUAAAUUAUAAUCUGUAAACUAAAAAGCUGUUUUUGUAAAUAAAUAUUUUUAAAUCAA